AUGCUGAACGCGAUGCUGCGCCGGAGCCGUGCGGACGGUACCGCGCUCAAGUUAAAGGGUUCAUUACCAGGCAGAGUCCAUGCCUCAAAGGUAUCAAUGACAUCUCGACAAUCUCUAUCUCGCUCGUUACACACUCAUCGACGACCUAUCCCCCAAUGGCGCACCUUGGCACCGGUAUUCACGCCGAUCCGCUACAAAUCAGAAAUUGCGACCAAGGUCGAGCCUUUGAAACGAUCUGCCAUCGUGAACGCUUUAUACAAGGUCUUUACAUACUGCGGAUUUUUCAUUGUCUCUACUGGUGCUGUUGUGGUUGCCUUCUUCAUUUACGACGCUAGUACAUACCACGAAUCUACGACGGCCGCCGACAUCCCGGUCUCGGAGCUGGCUCUCAACCCGCGCCGUGGAGGCCCGAAGAACCUACCCAUCGCGGAUGUUCUUGUUGGCGACUAUGACUCCGAGUCUAUGCUGGAGCAGAAGGACAAGCCUCGUCUGGUUAUCCUAGGUACAGGCUGGGGAAGCAUUGCGCUACUCAAGAACUUGAACCCGGCCGAUUAUCACGUUACUGUCGUUUCCCCUACUAAUUACUUCUUGUUUACUCCUAUGUUGCCGUCUGCUACCGUAGGCACUUUGGGCCUGCGGUCUCUUGUUGAACCCGUUCGGCGUAUCAUUGACCGCGUCAAUGGGCACUUCCUCAAGGCUUCGGCGACUGAUGUUGACUUCUCGGCGAAAUUGGUCGAAGUCUCUCAGGUUGACAACGAUGGUGUGACGAGGAGCUUUUAUCUGCCAUAUGAUAAGCUUGUUGUUGGUGUCGGCUGUGUCACGAACCCACAUGGUGUCAAAGGUCUUGAAAAUUGUAACUUCCUGAAGACCAUUGAUGAUGCUCGUCGGAUUAAGAACAAAGUGCUGGAGAAUAUGGAGCUGGCUUGUCUCCCCACUACCACCGAUGAGGAGCGCAGACGUCUGCUGUCCUUUGUGAUCUGUGGCGGUGGCCCUACUGGUGUUGAAUUUGCCGCUGAGCUGUUUGAUCUUCUAAAUGAAGACUUGCUCCAUUCUUUCCCUCGCAUUGUUCGCAACGAGAUAUCUGUUCACAUCAUCCAAAGCCGAACUCACAUCUUGAACACCUAUGAUGAGGCUCUCUCGAAGUAUGCCGAAGGUCGAUUUACGCGCGAUGGUGUUGAGGUGUUGACCAACGCCCGUGUUAAGGAAGUCCGUGGUGACCGCGUCCUCUUCUCUCAGGUGGAAGACGGCAAGACCGUUGUAAAGGAAAUCCCAACCGCAUUCUGCCUGUGGUCGACGGGCGUUGCCCGUGCUGAGAUCUCAGAAACUCUCUCUAAUAAACUGGAGGGACAAAAUAACAAGCAUGCCCUCGAAACCGACUCUCAUCUCCGCGUGAUCGGCGCUCCCCUAGGAGACGUAUACGCAAUUGGCGACUGCUCCACAGUCCAAAACAACGUCGCAGAGAACAUCAUCCGAUUCCUCCGCACAAUCGCCUGGGAGAAGGGCCGCGACCCGGAAAAGGUGCACCUCACCUUCUCAGAAUGGACUGAAUUCGCCGGCCGAGUGAAGAAGCGCUUCCCGCAAGCCUCGAACCAUCUGCGCCGUCUGGAUUUGCUCUUCGAACAAUAUGACAAGGACCACUCCGGCACCCUCGACUACGGCGAGCUUUCUGAACUCCUGCACCAGAUCGAUACCAAGCUCACUUCCCUUCCUGCCACUGCCCAGCGUGCUAAUCAACAGGGAGUCUACCUCGGUCGCAAGCUUACCAAGAUCGCCGCUGCUCUCCCCGGCCUCAAGGCCAACGAGAUCGACUACGGUGACCUUGACGAGGCCGUCUAUAAGGCCUUCAAGUAUAAACAUCUCGGAAGCUUGGCGUACAUCAGUAACGCUGCCAUCUUUGACUUUGGUGGCAUGAGCUUCAGCGGUGGUGUUAUUGCUAUGUAUCUCUGGCGCAGUAUCUACUUCGCUGAGAGUGUUAGCUUCCGCACACGGUGUAUGCUGGCCAUGGACUGGGGCAAGAGAGCACUCUUUGGAAGAGAUCUCAUGAGCUUUUAA